AAAGCCCUAAUUCGCUAAAACUUCGGGACUUCAUUUUUGCCGUCCGGUAGGUCGGGACCCUUUCGCGAGGGCCGAACAAAAUUUAAAUCGGGCGGCCCCUCAAAGACUACAUCGUCAAAGACCACGGCGAUAGGACCUUUUUCCUUAAGGAACGGCACAACCCUCUUGCAACGUCGCUCCCAGGCCAUACCGCCACCAUGAGCGGACUACGCAGUAACGCCGCGCCUGUGCGCUCGAUGGAGGACGACAGCGAUGUCGAAGAGGAGGCCCUCGUCGCCGACUACCGUGAGCAGGUCCAGUACGAGGACGGCAUGGAGGAUCUCGACCACGCCAACUCCCUGACUAUGGCCCAGCAGACCGACGACAUCCAGUCGCGGCUCGUUGCCGCCGCUCAACCUCUGGACUUCUCCGCGCCCCUCGAGGUCAAGUUCCAGAGCUACGAUUCCUACUGCAACCUGUUCCACUUCAUCCUCAACUCCGAUGGGCCCGUCGACCUAGAACCACCAUCCCACUACUGGGCCUGGGACGUCAUUGACGAGUUCAUCUACCAGUUCAACUCCUUCUCCUCCUACCGCCUACGGAUCGCUAGGCAAGCGAGAGAUAACGAGGAGGAGCGCCAGAUCCUGCGCGAGAAUCCCAAUACUUGGGGUUGCUACAGUGUCCUCAAUGUCCUGUACUCGCUCAUCCAGCGAUCGCAGAUAAUCGAGCAACUCGCUGCCAUGAAGCGCAACGAGGAUCCUGCCGCCGUCGCUGGCGAGUAUGGCUCUAAAACCCUGUAUAGGAUGCUUGGUUACUUCUCAAUUAUCGGGUUGCUGCGCGUCCACUGUCUCCUCGGCGACUUCAGCCUAGCCCUCAAAACCCUUGAUGACAUUGAGCUGAACAAGAAGGCCAUGUUUGCGCGUGUUAUGGCUGCACACUUCACUACCUACUACUACGUAGGCUUUUCCUACAUGAUGAUGCACCGAUACGCCGACGCUAUCCGCAUGUUCAGCCACAUCCUCGUCUACGUAUCACGUACCAAGAACUUCCAGAAGAAUGCUCAAUACGAUUCCAUCACCAAGAAGAACGACCAGAUGUACGCCCUAAUUGCCAUCUGUGUCGCCUUCCAGCCAACUCGCCUCGACGACACUAUCCACACUGCCUUGAGGGAGAAGUACGGAGACCAACUCCUCAAACUGCAGCGCGGCGGCCCGGAGUCGUUGCCCAUCUUUGAGGAGCUGUUCAAGGCGGCCUGCCCCAAGUUCAUCUCGCCCGUCCCCCCCGACUUCGACAACCCCGAGGCCAACGUUGAUCCAAUCGACCAUCAUCUAUCCAUCUUCAUGGACGAGGUUAAGACGAACAUGUGGAACCCCACUGUGAAGUCUUACUUGCGUCUCUACACGACCAUGGACCUCAAGAAACUUGCCGGUUUCCUCGAGGUACAGCCUGAGGAGCUGCGUUCCUGGCUACUCGUCAACAAGCAGCGCACCAAGCAGCUGCGGUGGACUGAUCAUGCUCUACUGGAAGGGGAGUGGGUUAACGUCAGCGAUCUGGAUUACGCAUUGCAAGGGGAUUUGAUUCACAUCUCGGAAGCCAAGGUCGGACGUAAGCUGGUAGACUGGUAUCUCCGCAACCUGUCGCGGACAUACAACUAAGGUAGUCUUACAUCACUCCGUCAUACCGAGCGGUGACGAAGACGUUAUCUUGCCUAUGGGGGCACCCAGAGAACGUAAAGGAAGGAAUCCUGUCCCUUCGGCAGGGCCGGAAAACAGGGGCAAAGGGACAUUGGCGAGCAGAACUACGGGGUCCUUCUCACCCGGUUUGUCCCUACGUUUGCAUUGCAUAGGCGUCAUGGAAUUACGUGUGCAUGUGUGUAUGGGUACGUCUGUGUGCUACUCACCGCGACGGCAGAGUAGGAAACACAAGCAGGGAGGGGCAGGUCAGCAAAGGAGAGGAUACCAGUAGACUAUACGACCAACUAUUCGACCAGCUGGACCUAAUUCAUCGGUCUAUAUAUCCAACUACCGAUCUACCCACCCACUUGCCAGGCUUUCCGAUCGAGCCGGUGAGAGAGAAAACCAACCUUAGAAGAGCGGAGUAGAAGGGAAGAGGUGGGAUAGAACGUGGCUGUAUACGCCACGGAGGCCAAGGGCGCGGAGGUGUGGGUAGUCGGUCAGUCGAGCAACGACCUGCGUACGGACGGCGUCGCCGACCUACCUACCUAUAUGGCGAAGCCAGCCUGCAAACCUAGCCUAUGGAAGGGAGUGAGGGUGUAUGUAGGUCCACAAGAAGGGCUAUUCAUCUACCUAAGUACGGCGCCUACGUGUAGUAUGUAUGAACACGCGUUACUAGCAAAUAGAUGCACACACUAAAGUCCUACCUGA